AUGAGGUGAAAUCAGAAGUGAAGAUGGAAAUGGUAGAGGAAAAGGCGGACCAAGUUCCGAAGAUGAGCUCCAAGAAAAGCCAAACACCACAAAACAAUGCAAUGAAGCGUCCAUCAAAUCAAAAGAAUCAGAAGUUAAAUGGGUCGAAUGGUGUUGUGAAGAACCAGAAGAAUGCAGCUAAUUGCGGCAGAAAGAGCGAAACAAACACGGUUCAUAACGGGAAGGAACCGACUGAAGGCAAGGUAAAUGGAAAGCGACACAUGUGUUCAUUGUGCGACUACGUCACUGAUUUUAUAAACCAUUUGAUGAGACACCUGCUCCAGCACACUGGCGAACGCCCAUUUCUAUGCAACGUUUGCCCGAAAAGAUUCACUGAUAAGCGAAGCCUCCAAUUGCACAUGAAAGCACACGUCGAAGAAUUUCUAUACAGUUGUUCGAAUUGCUUCCAAGGAUUUCACCGCAGCGAGGAGAAGGUGGAACAUGAAACCGAUUGCAAGGUUCGUCGUUACGAAUGUCAUCUGUGCAAAGAGUUCUCUACAUCGCAUCAAUCGAGUUUGAAAGCACACUUGCGCGUGCAUACCGGUGAAAGACCAUUUCAAUGCGAUCAAUGUUCGAAGAAAUUUAAAAGAGCAAAUCAUUUAAAGAGCCACCGUAAGACUCACACCAAUCCUCGUCCGUUGAAAAUCAAGUGUUCACGUUGCUUCAAGAUCUUUGCACAGCGAAUGGAAAAGGAAAUUCAUGAAGUCAAUUGCAAGCAAAGCGGAUACCAAUGCGAUCUGUGCAAGAGCCACAAAACCAAUCAAAAAGCAGAUCUGGAUAAGCACAUGCGAAUCCAUACUGGUGAGAAGCCAUUUCGAUGCGAAAUAUGUGCAAAAUGCUUCUCGCAAAAACCAAAUCUCAACAAACACAAGAAAAUUCAUAAGUAACUCUC